AUGGAAUCUCAACAAAAUACAUUAGAUAAUGUCAUCAAGAAUAGAAAGCGACCUGUUAAUGAACAUGGCUUUUGUAAUAAAGAAUUGGCAAAUAAUAUUAUUGGAAUUAACAAACUUAGUAGACAAUUAUCGUUUGAUGGCACUGAACUACAAAGCAUUAAAAAGAAAAAGGUUGAAAAUGGUACAAAACAUAAACACACAGUGCAUGUUUCUAAUGUAGUAACUACUAAUAAUAUUUUAGGCGAAAAAGAAAAAAUAUAUGAUGUUAACUCAGAUAGAGCUAAAACUCCUGAACAAUCACCAUCUACCAAGGCCCAAUUACGACAAAUUUUGGAUUUGGGUGAAUUUCAUAAAAUUGUUUGUUCUAAACAGAACAUUAAAAAACUUCAAGAAAAGCUGAACUUGAUAGAAGAAUGUCAAACGGAUCUUAAUUCUAUAGAACAUAAAGCUGAAACUAUUAAAUAUAAUUUUUUGCCUAUGUUUAAAUCAGAUGAUUUCAAGAUAAGCACUAGUUCAGUAAAAUAUUCUCAACUAAAACUGGCAACAUUAUUUCCUAGUCCUUUAAGAGUAAUGAUGGAUAUUCAACCAAAAUUGACUAAAAUAUUUAAUAAUAAAAUUGAGAGUGUUAUGACUAUUUCGCCUAGUAAACAUUAUUCUGCAUUAGCAGAUUCGAAAGCAUUACCUUUGCCAUUGAAAUAUCGAAUUUUGAAUGAAUUUUUCAAAGUUAUGGAAACAGUAUUAUCUAUGAAAUUUCUUAGAAAAGAAAAAAUAACAUUUUAUAAUCUCAAACAAAAUAUUCAGCAAAUAACUAGAAAGAAUUUUACUGAAUUACAUUUGGCUCAAAUUAAAACCAUAGUUCCUAACUUUUUCAAGUUUUACUUAGUAAAAUCACUAAAACAUAAUUUUAGUAUUGAUUUAGUAAUAGUUCCAGUUUAUGGUUUGGAAAACAAAGAUAAAAUUGACUUAAUAAAAUUAACAACUCAGAGAAAAAAUACAUUUUUUAAUGGAUUAAUAGACAUUAUGAAAAAACAUCAUGCAGAGUAUUUGAAUAAUUUAAUCCCUCCUAUCAUAAUUGAUAAAGAUAAAGUUACCAGAUGGCAUCCAGAGUUUGAUGUCGAAUCUGUGCCAAAUAUCAAUCUAUCACCAUUGCCUAAGAUUGAAAUUGGCAAAUCAAAAAUAUCAACUGCUAAAGAUAUUUUGGAUCAAGUACAUGCAUUGUUUAUUUACAACAAUCAUUUAAAUCAGUCCCCUACUAUAAUGAAUAAAAACAACAAAAAUUUAACUAAUAUAGUCUUACCUACAAAUGAUGCCAAAAACACGUUAAAAGAUGCACUUAAAGGCGUUCCAAAACCAUUUUUAAUUAAGAUCCAAUCUAAGCAAACUGAAAAAGCUAAUAGAAUAAUUAGGUCAGUAAGUCAAUUAAAUAAAGAUAAAAUGAUGAUUAGAUUACCAGAUAUUGCUCGUAGAGUACGUACUUAUUUUGUACAACUUCAAAGAAAUAUCAUGCCACUAAAAAAAGUUAUUGACCAACUAAAACAAUGUUAUCCAGAGAUUUUGACGGACCAUGAUUGGAAAACUCACUUAAAUCUUCUUCAAGAAAAAGUACCUCACUGGGCUGUAUCAAAAAUAUUGGAUGGAAAUGAAUACAUUCGAAUUGAUAAAAAAAUUAAUUUUGAAGAAUGUGUAAUUAAAAAAUUA